UGGAACACUUGCGUGUGUGUUUCCCUCUACGAUACCAUACGCCAAAAUGGUUGCCUCUUCGACUGUCCCCAGCGUGGCCGAUAUUUUCGCUCCCGAGUCUCUUUUGAAGAAGACUAAGGCUCAGGCUCAAACGCGCGAGCAACAAGUUGCUGCCGCUGCCGAGAAGAAGGCUGCUACUCAAAAGAAGCGCGAAUUGAUCGCCAAGCGUACCGAGGCUUACGACGCUGAGUACCGCAAGGCUGAGCGUGAGCAAAUUGACCUUGCUCGCAAGGCUCGUGCUGAGGGCAACUACUACGUUCCCGAUGAGCCCAAGUUGGCCUUCGUUAUCCGUAUCCGUGGUAUCAACAACAUUGCCCCCAAGCCCCGUAAGGUUUUGCAAUUGCUCCGUCUUUUGCAAAUCAACAACGGUGUCUUCGUCAGAUUGACCAAGGCCACCCAGGAGAUGCUUCAAAUUGUUGAGCCCUACGUUACCUACGGUGUCCCCAACUUGAAGGCUGUCCGUGACCUCAUCUACAAGCGUGGUUACGGUAAGGUCAACAAGCAACGCACUGCUCUCUCUGACAACGCCAUCAUUGAGAACGCUUUGGGCAAGUACUCCAUCAUCUCCAUCGAGGACUUGAUCCACGAGAUUGCCACCGUUGGUCCCAACUUCAAGCAAGCCAACAACUUCCUCUGGCCCUUCAAGCUCUCCUCCCCCCGUGGCGGCUGGAGAGAGCGCAAGUUCAAGCACUUCAUCGAGGGUGGUGACGCCGGCAAGCGUGACGAGCACAUUAACAGCUUGAUCAAGCAAAUGCUUUAAAUGAAUGAGCAACUACGUGGGCAACCGCGUGCGCGUGUGCAGUGAAGAA